AGUAUCAUACACAGGAUGCAGUAUCAUACAGAUCAUCAGUGAUCACUCCCAUCCUUCUCUUCUCCUGGGAAUCGCGACGAGCCAGCAGUAUUCACACAAAACCCCAUCCUUACCACCCAUAAUCAAACAAUCACGAUGAUCGCCCGCAUCGCUAUCGCCGCGCUCCUCGCCACCCCUUGUGCGCUCGCCGCCGCCGUCCCAAAAGCCCCCUCCAACCCCAUUGUGGGAGGAAAGGAUGCUGCUCACCACGACUGGCUCGCCAUGAUCCGCAUGAACGGUUCUCCAACCGCCAACUGCGGCGGCACCAUCAUCGCCGAGAACAUCCUCCUCACCGCCGGACACUGCUCCGUGGACGAGAGCGGCAAGCCCUCUAACCCCGACGGCAUGCUCGUCUCCGCCGUCCGUUACGACCAGAGCAAGUCGACGGCGGAGGAAGGCGGUAUCGACUACGAUGUUACCAAGAUCAUCCCCCACCCCGAAUUCACCCAGAACCCGGUGCCGUUGAACGAUCUCGCCAUCUGGGUGCUCAAGCGUAAGACCGCCGGCGGCAAGACGCAACCUACCGCCUCCCUCUCCACCGAUGCCACCACACCCGCCUCGUUGAUCGUGUCCGGGUGGGGAACCCUCUCCUCCGGUGGCGAGCAACCCGACAUCCUGCAAGAGGUCUCCGUGCCCAUCAUGGACCAGAAGAAAUGCCAGCAGUACCUCGGCGGUGCUGAAAACGCGCCCGACUCGACCAUCUGCGCUGGCAAGGACGAGGGAGGUGUCGACUCGUGCCAGGGCGAUUCGGGAGGCCCGUUGUUCUCCACCAACGCCGGCCAGGCUACCCUCUACGGAAUUGUCUCGUGGGGUAACGGAUGCGCCGCUGCCAAGCAACCGGGAGUCUACACCCGUGUUAGCUCGUUUGCCGACUGGAUCAAGGAGCAAAUCGCUGCGAACUCUGGUGGUGCCCACUGAGGACCCCGCCCCGACGGAUGCGCCUGAGCCGACCGAAACCUCUGUGCCGACCGAAACCUCUGUGCCGGAGCCUACGGAGGAGCCUACCACCGGUCGCCGUCCUCAC